GCGCUUGCGCUUUUGGCGAGAUCCUGCGAAGAUAGAUCAACGACGCGACGCACCAAUUUUUAGAGCUCCGUUGCCUAAUUUGGAGUUUGAUCCAUCAUCACAUUCGGCAAUACAGUAAAUCAUCCGAAACCUAAACUUGAGAUGGCUGAUCCAGGAAUGAUGAAGGAAGACUUGACGACGUCAGAGCCCGCCACACCUCGGCUGAACCUCGAUGAACCUAUGUUUGAUCAGAAUGUAUACAUGGGUAGAGCCAAGCACUUUCUCAUGGUCACCAAUCCUCUCAACGUACUCCUCUCCAAUGCACAGUUAGACGAGGCGAAGAAACUAGUCCAGUUAUACAGGGAAGGGAAAGAGCCAGCGGGAACCUCUAACGAUGAAGUCUGGACGGCGAAGUAUCGUUAUGAUUCGGCAUUCCAUCCGGACACCAAGGAGAAGAUGAUGCUGAUUGGUCGAAUGUCCGCCCAGGUUCCCAUGAACAUGUGCAUUACAGGCUGCAUGAUGACCUUCUACAGAACCACCCCAGCUGUAUUAUUUUGGCAAUGGUUUAAUCAGUCCUUCAACGCUGUCGUCAACUACACAAACAGAAGUGGAGAUAAACCGAUACCUGUCUCGCAACUAGGGAAGUCAUAUGCAUUAGCCACUGUAGGGGCUGUCGGGUCGGCGAUAGGUCUCAACAGUUUAGUUAAGUCAGCACCACCUAUCAUCGGUAGGAUGGUACCGUUUGCCGCUGUGUGCGCAGCCAACUGCAUCAAUAUACCCAUGAUGAGGAGCGCCGAACUUGCCAACGGUAUCCCCGUCUUUGACGAGAACGGUCACCGGCUCGGGAACUCCAAGAAAGCGGCGAAGAGCGCCAUCACCCAGGUUGUGAUAUCGAGAAUCUUUAUGGCCAUGCCAGGAAUGUUAUUACCUGCCUUCGUAAUGAACAAACUUGACAAGGGAACCUUUCUCAAGCGCUAUCCAUACCUCGGCGCUCCUAUACAAGUAUCAAUGGUCGGCAUCAUGCUUUUGUUUGCCACACCAAUGUGCUGUGCCUUGUUCCCACAGAAAAGCUCUUUGCCCGUAAGCAGUCUAGAGGAGGACCUACAGACGGGUAUACAGAAGCGAGGUGGAGGUAUAGACAGGGUCUAUUUUAACAAGGGACUGUAAGCAAGAGACUAGGCAUUGCCAAUUUACAACCACAGGGUGAAGAUAGUGAUUCAAUGCUAGUCUACAUCGGUUCUUUUUUCCACUGCAGGUGCUUUUUCUGAUGUGUGAGAAUAUAUAAUCGGGUGAUAAGUUGCUCAUCUGUGCCCCUAUCUGCGCCGCUAUUUAAAUUAAUUAAUGUUAUGUGUGGUGAAUGUACCUGGGCCCCUCAAAUAAAGAGUUGCAAUUGAUUGAAAUGAUCACAACUUCAUACAAUAGAGGGAGAAGAUUGUGAGUUUGCUCAUGUAAAAAACACUUUUCUAAUUGCUGGAGCUGUAUUAGGGUGUUGUAUAAGUGUGAUUAUCUCGCGGGGACAUUAUGUUAUUUUAUUGUUUUUACCAGGGCCCCGUCUUACAAAGAGUUGAUAUCAAUCGCAACUUGCACAACUAUGUACAUAAGAGACAGGAGACUGCAAACUUGCGAUUGAUUGGAGGACUUGCGAUUGAUUGUAUCGAUUGCAACUCUUUGUAAGAUGGGGCCAAGAGCUCUAUUUCAAUUUACCUGAGCAAUUUAGUAGCUUUCGAGAGCUAAAUUCGUUCAUCUUUGCCCUGUUAUUUGGAGGAUUUGUGAUUUAAUAAUGCCAAUAAAUGGUUGCAACUCUUUUUCUUAAGGCAGGGGCCUUAAAUGAAUAUAUUUUAACAAUUGGUGUGAUAUGUAAGCAGCCAGUGUAUUGAUUCUAAAUUAUUUAGAAUACGUGCCAUAAACUUCUUCCUCAGAAAGCAAUAAUCAUCCUUUCCCUAGUCACUGAAAAGCAGCUACAGUAUUAUAGAAUUAUAAAAUACAUGCAUUGGUCAUUUUUUGAUAGUAAUGAGAAGGGUAGAAGGGCGAUUCCUUUCACUUUUUCCUGUACACCAUGUCUUUUUAAUUAUUUAUUUUACCUCAAAAUGAAGAAUAUAACUAUUGACUUGUGGAUCCUGGAAAUUAAAUAACCAUUAUUAAAACAAUGGCUUUAUCUAACUAUUGCAUUUUUGGUUGAAUAAAUAAAUAAAGGAUAUAUUGAACAGAAUAGCCCAAAAAGUUUCUGUUGUCGAUGGUACGUAGAAUUGAAAAUCGCAUUAGAAACUUAAUCUAGAAUCUAGAAACCUCUAGAAUGCAUCUGCAAUGUAAAUGUACUGUAAUUCUCACCUUGUGAAACGCAGUAGAUAUAUGGCUAGAUACUUCUGGUGUACAUUGUCCAAAUGCUGCAGAUGAUAUUCAACUGAAAGGCUUUUAUUGUCUCUGAGUAAUUCAUUAGAUAUAAUGAUGUUUAUGCCCAGCGUAAUAACUGAAAUGGACAUGCAGGCUGGUAGUAGCUGUCUUAUAUCUUUGCUUGUUACGUGCUGUCAUUUUAGAUUGUGCAAAAGAUUGCAGUGAUGGUUAAGAUAAACAUUCACCACAUGUGCUGUAAAAUCCUUUUUGAACAAUAGAUAAGUGACUCUCAUUGAAAUAUGUAGUACUAAUACAUCCAGGUCUCAAAGUACAACAUUUCAUGCUAUUUUUUCCUUGAAUGUCGUUACAACAACUUGUCAUGUUCACUGUUUAAAUGCUUGGAUUGAAAUCAACGGUUCACAAGGUGUCAAAAACAGCUUCUAAGAAAAAUAGUCUGGAGGCUGAAUUUGCUCAAGUUUAAUUUUAGCUUUGAAAACUUUCAAUAAUGUAUUCUCUUACAGUUUGUGUGCAUACUUGGGAAGCGUUUUAUUGUGACAUAUAUGUAUGUGUGUAAUGU